GAAAGCCAUGGACAGUAUACUCAAAGCCGAGAUUGUGUUCAGGAAUAUGGACUCUGCUGCGGCUAGCCUCAAUCCGUCGCAUGUGGGAAUUACCUGGGCAGGUGUCAAUCUAGUUUUGCAGAUACCUAUUUGCAUUCCACGAAUUUAACAGACAUGACUAAGUGCAACAGUUUGUAUUGAGUGGUACUUUUCAUAUCAGCUUGAGAAAUCACUUAUAGAUUUGAACAGUGCAGACGGUUCAACACCAUGAGCUGAAGGACAUUCUGGAGGAACAGGAUCAACUGAUGGGAAAUGUAUCUCGUCAGUUGGGACAGUUAUACGAGCAGAGCCAAGUGCUCAUAAACCAUGCCAACCAACGUGAGAAUAUGGUAAUUCCGGAUUGGAUUUCAAGCGCACCUCCAAACGAAGACCAUACCCGGACUCUAGACGAUGGGAAGCUGAACCGCGAUUACGCAAACUCAGGGAAAUGGCUCUUUUUCGGGAAGAAUUCCAGCCGUGGAGCAAUUCCGACGAUGGCAGUCUAUCGGUACUGUGGCUGCAUGGACAGCACAGGCAAGAGCUCUUUAGUUUGUCUUAUUAUUGAACAUUUCUUGAAACAAUCACUUUCGCUCUACAAAGAAGCUUAUCGGGUCGCAUACUGAAUAAGCGGCGUCUGGCUCAGUGCAAUGUAUUGGAUCUUCAAGAUCAAAUGACCAAAACAUUGAGCCAACGGGCUCAAAGGAUGUUCCGAUGGGUCGAGCUACAAUUGAACACCUUCUUUAGUUCGUAAUCCCACAUAAAGCGCCGAGACGCUUUCAGACGAAAACUUGAAAAACUUGACCAGGAAGUUGGGAUACCAGUAUUAGGGGCCGUAUAUAACGACAUUUACGACGUGAAAACGCCAGAGCCCGAGGAUCGCAGGGUUGCAGAGCGGGUAUUGAAAUGGGUUAUGUGUUGCCAAAGACGUCUAAGCAUUGAAAUGCUCGUGAAAGCGGUGUCUCUCGAUUCCAAUAGUGUUGUCGAUGAGGAGGUC